AUGCCGUCAAUGGAAUACUACAAGGUAUUAAAUGUGGAUCAAGAUGCAACCGAACAAGAGUUGAUAAUUGCCUUAAAAAAAUUUGCUUUUGCUUAUCACCCAGAUAGAAACCGUGGAAAUGAAGAAGAAGCCGAAAGAAAAUUCAAGUUUGGUUACAAUGCUUAUGAAGUUUUAAUAGAUCCCGAGAAGCGUAGGAUCUAUGACGAAUAUGGCGAGGAAGGGCUUCAAUUUGGUUGGACCCCUCCACGGCGUCAGAACCAUUCAUCAUCUAACUCAUCUCCAUCGUCUGCUCCUUCUUCUCGUCAGUCAAAAAGCACCAAUUCAUCAUCUUCGUCUUCAUCGUCCUCCUCUUCUUCUCGUCAGUCGUAUGGCAACUACACACCUGCUCCUACCUCUUCUUUGCAUCAUUCGUAUGGUAACAUAUUUUCCUUUCGUCGAUCAUACGCAAACAAUCCAUCUUUCUAUAAGUCUAAUACUCAGUAUGAGUACGGAAGGACAUCGACUGGUGAACCGACGAAAAAGAAGGAUGCUCCUAUUUAUAGAAAGUUGCGUUGCAGCCUGGGGCAACUUUAUACUGGGGCUGUUAAGAGGAUGAAGAUUACCAGAAACUUAAUUGUAAAAGGGACUAGUAAGAUCAGGGAGGAAAUUGUGUUUGUUACUAUUAAAAUAAAACCUGGCUGGAAAGUUGGGACAAAGGUUACCUACCCAGAGAUGGGUAAUGAGAAGUCUGACAUGAUUCCAGUAGACGUUAUAUUUGUGAUUGCCGAGAAACCACACACUCUAUAUACUAGGAAUGGAGAUGAUCUUUUGAUUCAACAAAAGAUAACUUAUGUGGAGGCUCUUAGAGGUACAGUAUUGAAAAUUCCAACAUUGGAUGGAAGGAGUCUUUCAGUCACAUUGCCAAGGAGAGUCACUCUUGGCUAUGAGCACAAAGUCCCCGGCGAAGGAAUGCCCUUAACCAAGGUACCAGGGAGGAAGGGCACUUUAAAAAUUACGAUUACUGACAUCAAGUAUUUUUGA